AUGGCCGCUGGCCACCGUAGUAGCAGCCUACCGGCUGCCUUCGCGCGCUUCCUACGCAUCAACGGUAGCACCGUUGCCACCACCGCUGAUGCCGUGCAGCCUCUGUCGGCGCUUCCGCCUUCGGUCGACGUCCCGCACGCCAAGGUACUCCGUGGCGGUUGGCCAGCGGCGGCGUUCCUGGACCCGCUUGACGCCGACCUGCGCGCCGAGAUACUCAAGUACGGCGACUUCGCACAGGCCACCUACGACGCCUUCGACCGCCGCCAUUGGUCCCCGUACUGCGGCACCUGCUUACACGGCCUACGCCGCAUGCUACCGGCGCUCGGGCUCGCCGGCCGCGGCUACGUCGCUACCGCGUUCAUCUACGCGACCUGCGACGUCGAUAUCCCCCGGUGGAUCCAGAGGCGGCUCCACGCGGACGCGUGGGAAGGCCACGCAAACUGGGCAGGGUACGUCGCCGUCGCCGGCGCGGAAGAGGCCAGGCGCGUCGGGCACCGGGAAUUGGUCGCCGCGUGGCGCGGGACGAUGGCGGUGGAGGAGUGGCUCAUGAACCUGAAGACGAGCCUCGUGCCUUUCGACGCCGACGACGGAAGGGACAAGGGCGCCAUGGUGGUGAAGGGGUUCCACGCCAUGUACGCGUCCAAGAACGCGGGGAACAAGUACGGCGCGAGGAGUGCGCGUGAGCAGGUCGCCGCCGAGCUCGACCGGCUGGUUCGCCACUUCCGGGCACGCGGCGAGGAGGUCCGGGUCACUUUCACAGGGCACAGCCUAGGCGGCGCGCUGGCCCUGCUCGCCGCCAGGGACGCCGCGGUCGCGCACCCGGACCUGCCGGUCCGCGCCGUAACCUUCUCGGCGCCGCGGGUCGGCAACAGGGCCUUCUGCGACGGCCUCACGUCGCGCGGCGUCGGGGUCCUACGCGUUGUCGUCAGGCACGACGCCGUGACGUUGGUGCCGAGCGUUCCCAGAGCUGUGGUUGACCCCCCGGUCUCCGCAGUGCUGAGCAGGUUGUGGGUGCUGGCCGGCCGCACGCCGGCGUGGGCGUACGUGCACGUCGGCGACGAGCUCGUCCUGGACGUGGCCAAGUCGCCACACCUCAAGCACUCCUACGACGCAUUUGGGUUCCACAACCUGGAGUUGUGCCUGCACCUUCUGGAUGGCCAUGAGAGCGCCGCCGGCGCGUUCAGGCAGGACGGCGCGCCUCGGCGUGACGUGGCGCUGGUGAACAAGCGAUGCGGGAUGCUGCGCGAAGAGGAACGCCUCCCGGAGUCGUGGCGUGAGCCGGCAGCGAACAAGGGGUUCGUGCGCGAUGAUGUGUCUGGACGGUGGGCGCUGCCGGAGAGGGAGCUCGACGACCUGCCGGUGGCGGACGACCGGCUUCCGCUCUCCGGGCUCAAGUAG